GACAGCGCGAGAGGUCUUGCCGGCCUCUCCGUUCGGUUACCAUGGUGACAGCCAUAGCCAAUGGGCCGGGCGGCUGGAACAUGGCGGCUGUCACUUCGCCCCUCGAGUCCGUGCACAGGAAUGAUCAGGAUCUGGUCCUACUGUUGUCUUACUCGACCGGAGCCAAGCCUUUCCCAGGCUCUGGCCCCUCAGAUCAGUUGAAGAUUGGUUUCUUUAAAACAGAUCGUGCUACUCAAACUGACGUCAGUGAUAUAUUGGAAUUGAAGGAAAUGAGUAAACAAGUCGAGUCUCUGGUAAAGGAAAUUACCAUACUUAAGAGAAGUGUAGAAUCCAAAACACAGCUCCUAAAAGCAGACUAUGAAAUGAAACUGGAGCAGCAAUCCUCAGAACUCUACAGUAGGAUUAAUGACCACAAUUCUUAUCUCCGAGAUAUGUACCUACAGAGAAUUGAAGUUCUUCGUAAUAGCUUUAAACAACAGCUUGAUGAUGAAAUAGCAAAGAUCAAUGCUGGAUUCAAGAAACACUGUACAGAAAUGUAUGCACAGAAUCAAAUGUCUCUUGAAGAUAAUUUCACAACCUUGGAUUUGCUUAAGCAGAAAAAUACACUCAUUUCAUCUCUAAAAGAGAGAUUAAUGCAGUAUGAGGCAGAUGAUGAAAUGCAUCAGAUCAAUUUGGACUUUAUGGAUGACUUUGAGAAAGAACAACUUGUUGAAGAAAAUGAAGACCUGAAGCAACAAAUUAAUUUCCUGAAGAAGAGUACUGAAAAGAUGUCAGAAAACAUUAAAUUGGGCGAAAUUCGAAUAAAAGAAUUAGAUCAGGAGCUUUUAGUACUAAAAGAGAAAACUGAAAAAUCUAUGACUACAAUACGAAAGUUGUUUGAAUCUGAAGAGAAUUUGAUAGAACAAUUGCAAACUGAGAAAUCCAUAAGGGAAAAAAUGUUGGAAACACAGAAAUUAGAAAUGGAAAGUGUAUUAACUGCUACAAAGUUGAAGGUAAGUGGGCCACUACUAGCAAGUCUGAUUUUCUGA